UAAUAAGGUUACAACCAUCAGCAAUACAUUCUCAGCACCACACCCUGUCAAACACCCGUCUCCUGUAUGCAACUCUUCUGUCUCUAUGUUCUCUCCUCUGACUGACACUGAGGUCUCUAAACUCCUCCUCUCCAACCACCCCACCACCUGUUCCCUUGACCCCAUUCCUUCUCACCUUCUCCAGGCCAUUUCUCCGUCCACCCUACCUGCACUCACACACAUAAUUAACACAUCUCUACUUACAGGCACUUUUCCCACUACAUUUAAGCAGGCUCGAGUAACCCCACUGCUGAAGAAACCCGCACUUAAUCCCACACAAAUUGAACACUACAAUCAAAUAUCUGCCUAUCUCUCACAGAACAAGCUGCUGGAUGACAAUCAAUCAUGCUUCAAAAGUGGACACUCCACCGAGACUGCCCUGCUGUCUGUCAUUGAGUCGCUGAGACGGGCGAAAGCUGAAUCCAGAUCAUCAGUCCUGAUUCUGCUGGACCUUUCUGCAGCCUUUGACACAGUCAACCAUCAAAUCUUACUCUCCACCCUCUCCUCGCUGGGCAUCACAGGAACUGUGCUUGACUUGUUUAAUUCCUAUCUCUCAGCCCAACGACACCACAGUGACUGCUCGAAUUUCUGCCUGCCUGGCAGACAUCUCGGCCUGUAUGAAGGAGCACCACCUGCAACUCAAUCCAGCCAAAACUGAACUCCUUGUCUUUCCAGCCAACCCUGCUGUUGAACACAACAUCACCGUGCAGCUGGGUGCAACUACAGUAACGCCUUCCAAAUCGGUCAGAAAUCUAGGGGUAACCAUCGACAACAGACUACAUUUCACAUACCACAUCUCAAAGACCGCAAGAUCAUGUAGAUUUACACUCUACAAUAUCAGGAAGAUAAGACCCUUCCUCUCUGAACAUGCCACACAACUGCUUGUUCAGUCACUUGUCAUAACUAGACUUUACUACUGUAAUGCUCUCAUUGCAGGCCUCCCUGUAUGUGCAAUUAGACCCCUGCAAAUGAUCCAGAAUGCAGCAGCACGUCUGGUCUUUAAUGAACCAAAGAGAGCACGUUACACCACUCCUUGUCUCUCUCCACUGGCUGCCGGUUGAUGCACGCAUCAAAUUCAAGGCUCUGAUGCUGGCAUAAUGAACAGUCACUGGGUCUGCUCCAGCAUACCUAAAAUCAUUUAUGCAGAACUACGCGCCCACUAGAAGCCUGCGGUCGGCUAAGGAACGUCGCCUUGUAGUACCAACACAAAGAGGCACCAAAACACUUUCCCGGACUUUCAGCUUCAUCAUACCAUGUCAGGUGGAACAACUUUCCCAACUCCAUCCGUGAAGCUGACUCACUCUCUGUCUUCAAAAAACGACUAAAAACACAUCUGUUUCAUGAGCACUUAACCAGUCAUUAAAAAUAAUAAUAAUAAUAAUAAUAAUUCCUGUUGUACUUUAUUCUGUUUUGAAUACUAUUAUGAUGCUAGUGAUACUUUGUAAUACAGCACAUUUCAUACCACUGUCUCCUAAGAUGAUUCGCUUAUGUUUUCCUCUUUUGUAAGUCGCUUUGGAUAAAAGCGUCUGCCAAAUGAAUAAAUGUAAAUGUAAAUGUUACCUUUGACGUUUCUUUCAAUUGCCAGCAUUCACUGGGCAGAACUGA